AUGGUGCAGCAGUACUCAUACUCGAGGUCACCUGACCAUCCAUAUGCGCUAGAAAUGCUGCCUCUACCCAGGAAAGAUCGCGACAACCUCUUUAGUGAGGCAAAGGCAACUUACCAGUCGCUGUUCCCCGCGGUUAAAGCGGCAGUGCGACUCGGAAAUGAUGGAGAAAUCUUUACCUUAGCGCAACGUAGUGAAUGUGACUACAAGUCCGUAGCCAUGUGGACGACUUCAGUGGUGUAUGGCACGCUGGAAGAGGUGGCUGAUUUAUACUUGGAUCGGAGUGGCCGUGUGCCCAUGAAUUUAGACUCGGCACGUUCCAGACGGCUGUACGAGAUUGUGAGUCCCUCCCGUAGCAAGCCUUUGCACUGUGUUUCCAUGCGCUGGUCCCUUUGGAAGCCUCCGUCCAAGCUAUCGAACGGCCGAGACGUCUGUUUUCUCGAAUAUAUGGAUUCUUUCGUGGAUUCUAAAACAGGCCGUCGUGUUUGGGCGCGCAGUAUGCGUUCAAUCAAUCACUUGUGCUGUCCGGCAUCACAACAUCCUGACGGACCGAUACGCACGUACAUGCGAGUGUCUGGCGCUUCUAAUUGGGUCGCACAACAAGCUAUUGUUGCUACGAAGAAAUCGGCGGAUUGUCUCAAUCAUGUGCUAAAGAUAAUGCGUCAACUAAAUGUUCGACAAGUUCUCGGCUCUAUCGGCUCAAACGCUACCGAAAACGACAGGAAUCGCGAGUGCAGGUCUUGUGGUGAUCGCACGUCAAGGUGGUCGAUUGCCAAACGAUGUCGCUUUUGUGAAAACAUUUUGUGUAAAAAGUGCGUGGACAUUCGUUACCGCCGCUUCGACGCAAGUGGCACAAACCAUCGCAUUUGCCUCCCAUGUGCUGUCAGCACGGGCCCGGUAAAAUUUACAAAUCACAGUUUAAAUCUUAUCGACUACAACCAGCGCUGCAGAUACAAAACUCAACCUCGACAUGACACCGUGAUUGAGAAUCGAGACUUGUUCGAUACAGCACGUAAUGCUUCAUCAGAGCGAAACCGCCAUCAAUUUUAUGCGACGCAGACCAGCGGAUGCUCAAAAUGCUCGACAAGUAUGACAGAAUCCUUUGGCGGUAGUUCAAUUGAAGGCCGCCGCUUUGCGGCCCAUUCAAAUGUCAGCAAUCGACCUCUCUUCAGCCUGACCGGUGGCGGUGUGCCAAUCAGUUCGGCCACCAGGAUGCGAUCUGCCGCGCACGAAUGGGACCCUCUGUACCCAGACACGCAUUUGUUUACACUGGAUGCUAGAACGAAACCGUUCCGCGGAGAGCCUAUCGAUUUGUCAUAUCUGGAUGAGUUAAUAACGCCUCGUGCUGGAGCCACGAGGCGUGCAGUCGGUCUACUUGAGAACUUAACCUAUGUAUGA